GCGUUUUGGGGGGGAAUGGAGGCGAUCGCCAGUCAGAUGGGAAAUGGGAGAGAUGCAAGCUCCUCCCCAAAUUCAAAGCAAGAGCUGCAGCCGUACCAAGGCUCCAAUACCCUCAAGCCCAACCAAGUGGGUGAGACCUCCCUGUACGGCGUGCCCAUCGUGUCCCUGGUCAUCGACGGGCAGGAGCGGCUCUGCCUGGCGCAGAUCUCCAACACGCUGCUCAAGAACUACAGCUACAAUGAGAUCCACAACCGGCGGGUGGCCCUGGGCAUCACCUGCGUGCAGUGCACGCCGGUGCAGCUGGAGAUCCUGCGGCGGGCCGGGGCCAUGCCCAUCUCCUCCCGCCGCUGCGGCAUGAUCACCAAGCGGGAGGCGGAGCGGCUCUGCAAGUCCUUCCUGGGCGAGCACAAGCCGCCCAAGCUGCCCGAGAACUUCGCCUUCGACGUGGUGCACGAGUGCGCCUGGGGCUCCCGGGGCAGCUUCAUCCCGGCCCGCUACAACAGCUCCCGCGCCAAGUGCAUCAAGUGCAGCUACUGCAGCAUGUACUUCUCCCCCAACAAGUUCAUCUUCCACUCCCACCGCACCCCGGACUCCAAGUACACCCAGCCCGACGCCGCCAACUUCAACUCCUGGCGCCGCCACCUCAAGCUCAGCGACAAGACGGCCACGGAGGAGCUGUCGCACGCCUGGGAGGAUGUCAAGGCCAUGUUCAACGGCGGCACCCGCAAGCGGACCUUCUCCCUGCAAGGGGCGGCCGCCGGCGGGCCCGGGGCCGGCUCCCCCGCCGCCAAGGCGGCCCUGCACCCGCCGCCGCCCGCGGGCCCCGAGCUGGCCCCGGCGCACAAGAGCCUGCGGUGCAGCGGGCAGGAGGCGGCGGGCGAGCGCGGGGCGCUGGGGCUCGCGGGGGCGCACGGCGGGGCCGCGGGCGCGCACGGCGGGGCGGGCGCGGUGCGCAGCUACCCGGUGAUCCCGGUGCCCAGCAAGGGCUUCGGGAUGCUGCAGAAGCUGCCGCCGCCGCUCUUCCCCCACCCCUACGGCUUCCCCGCCGCCGCGUUCGGACUGUGCCCCAAGAAGCAGGAGGAGGCGCUGGGCGGCGCGGGGGGCGGCGAGGCGGGCAAGGGCGGCGCGCUGCCCCCCGGCAUGUUCUGGGGACCCCCGCACCCGCACCCGCACCAGCCGGCACAGCCGCCGCACCAGCCCGGCGCCGCCAAGGACAGCGGCGUGUACCCCUCGUUCCCCGUGUUCUGGCCGGCCGCCGGCAGCCUGCCCGUGCCGCCCUACCCCGCGCAGAGCCCGGCCAAGGCGGCCGCCACCGCCGUGGUGGUGGCGGCGGCGGCAGCGGCGGCGGCGGCGGCGGCCGAGCCGGCGGGGCUGGCGGGGCGGCACGGGGAGCUGGAGGGCUCCGAGCCCUCGGGCAGCGGCAGGAGCAGCGCGACCCCCCAGGAGGGCGCGGGGGCGGAGGGCGAGCGCUGCCCCAGCGCCCUGUCGCGGGCGGCGGGCGAGGAGGAGCGCUCUGGGGACGAGGCGCUGCUCGCCCCGCUGCCGCUGCCCAGGAAGGGCAGCUACCUGUCCGCCUUCCGCCCGGUGGUGAAGGACGCCGAGAGCAUCGCCAAGCUCUACGGCACCCGCGAGGCGUUCGGCGGCGCGGGGCCCCGCGGUCCCGGCUACCUCUCCCCGGACUUCCUCAGCGAGGGCAGCUCCAGCUACCGCUCGCUGUCCCCCGGGGGGGACACGGCCGAGGAGCCCGAGGUGGACGUAGAGUCCAACCGCUUCCCGGAGGACGAGGAGGAGGAAUCCGCCGCCGUCCCCGCCGCCGCCGUCCCCUCCGAGGGCCGGGAGCCGCCGCCGCCGCGGCUGCUGGCGGGGCCCGAGGAGCCGCCGCCCGCCGGGGCCGACGGGCCCGAGGAGAAGACGGGCGAGGUGCCCACGGAGGGCGGUCCGGCCCCCGACGGCAGCCCCGAGCGGAGCAGCAGCAGCGGCGCCUACGAGGUGCGGGGCCGGGAGGGACCUGCCCUCGGGGGUCCCCGCGGGGUGUUCGCGCCGGAGAGGGGGGAGCCCCUGCAGCCGCUGAAACCCGCCGCGUCCCUGGGAGCCCCCGCCGCCUUCCUCUGCACCCCCGAGGCCAAGGAGCAAGAUAAAGAAGACAAUCACUCCGCGGCAGAGGAUUUAGAGACCAGAAAAUCCUAUCAGGACCAAAGGAAUGUCUCUCAUCCCAGCCCUGUAAAUACCGACAGAGGCGAGGAAGGCCUUGCCAUGGAUGUCACCGGGACGCAGCUGGUGGAGAAGGACAUCGAAAACUUGGCCCGAGAUGAGUUACAAAAACUGGUCCUGGAGCAAAUGGAGCUGAGGAAAAAGCUGGAGAGGGACUUCCAGAGCCUGAAAGAUAACUUCCAGGACCAGAUGAAGCGGGAACUGGCGUACCGGGAAGAGAUGGUGCAGCAGCUGCAGAUCGUCCGAGACACGCUGUGCAACGAGCUGGACCAGGAGAGGAAAGCGCGCUACGCCAUCCAGCAGAAGUUGAAAGAGGCUCACGACGCGCUGCAUCACUUCUCCUGCAAAAUGCUGACCCCGCGGCACUGCACGGGGAACUGCUCCUUCAAGCCGCCGCUGCUGCCCCAGUGAGCCCCCCCGGCGCCCCCUCCCCCCGAAGCCAUGCGGGCACAGCCCACACAAGCCAUUUCCACGAGGAGACACUUGUACAUAGAGGACUCGGAGCCCGGCUUU